GAUCUUUUUUGACCAGAUCUUGCUUGCUUCCUUGAGAGAGGUCACAAGACCGGGCAUUGUUUCGCAACUCAUCAACACAAAUAAGCAACCAGUCAACGCAACUCUCUCGGAUAGCUGGUGCGGUACAAGUAGCUAGUAGGAGGUUGCAUUGCUUUCUGGCUUGGUUUGAGGAUCGAAGGAAGAGGUGAGAGGCAAGAUGGAACGACAACACAUGAACGGCGAAAAUGGGACUUCCAACGGCGUCACUCCCAAGAUUUUGGCUUUGGAGAUUGAAGCCGAUGAUGAAGACGAGGAACGUCAGUCAUUGAUCCACGAAAGCCAGGGGAUCAAUACUGAGAGCAAAGAGAAAGAAGUCUUUAUGGGCCGUAAUGCCCAUGGAAUGCGUCGCCGAGGAUGGGGAGGAGACAAUGGCUCGGAAGAAGAUGGAUUGAGCAACGCCAUUACAGGCAAUUCUGUCAUCCAAGGACUUCUUCGUGGUGACUUGAUGUCCCAUGCUGUCUAUCAUUUGCGUAAUGCUCUCUUGCUGGGCUUGCUGGCAUUCUUUGUGCUGAUGGUGCUGGAAUGGGAAGGUGGUAUUCUGAGAAGCGAGAAAAUGGAAAAAGAGGAACCAGCCGAAUAUUCCCCUCACACCAUGUCGUUUGGAGGAAAGAAUAACUUGGCACAUAACUUGAACCCAAACAAGAAAAAAAAGCCAAAGCCACCAGCAUUGACUCCAGAAGAACAAGAGGAAAACAUUGAAAACGAAAUCCUAGGUGAAGCCGUGGACAUUGCCAUGAGAGCCACAUGGGAUCUUUCCUGGGAAAACAAACGCAACGAACAGGCACACUACCUUCACGAUCCAAAUCUGUCUCCAUUCGCGUCUGAACUCUAUAUGGCGGAACAAGAUGUACUCGAUGCACGACAAAGAAAUUUCACCUUCAAAAUGAUCAAGGUCGUUGAGGAAUUUGGAGUUUGGAAUAACCCCAAUUUUGAAGAAGCUCACAAUCUCAAGGACUCCUUCUUUGAUGAAUUCAAUUACAGAGAUGUACCACUCAGUGAUUUCCCUGACGAGGCUUGGCAGAAGGACAGAAAUUACAUGGUCUCAUUCAUCGAUCAAGCAAUGGCUCUGGUCGAAGCUGUCAAAGAAGGAAUCAUGCAGGAAUACAACCAUCCAAAUCCAGAUGACGAGGAAAAACAUUCCUUUGCACCCAUCAUUGGAGACCAUGAAUUCAUCGAAGGAGAGGCGCGCGACAAGAACACGAAAACAAAAUUGAAAGGAGUGGCAUUUUUACCCCAGCAAUCUUGGGAUGGACUCGUUCGAAAACUGCUUCAUGCCAUGAUCACUACUGACCACUUCUACGUCGUUGUGGUUGGAAAGGAUAACACAUACAGAGCAAACAACUUUGCUCAGACACAAAUCAUGCAAUUCAACUAUAUCAUGGAACCAGUCUUCAACAAGCUGGGGAUGACGCUGAUUUCAAGACACAUGGGCAUGGCGGCCUCGCCGAUUGUGGGAGCUCUCGGAGGGGCUGACAUUUACGGCGAAACCGAUGUGCUCUGGCAUGUCCAAGGUCACACCGAAGAAGAAAAGCCAGGAGAGUUUGACCUCCUUCAAAAACAGACCGUCAUGUCGGGCGAAAGAGUUCCUGUCAUUUUCAGCCCCUCUUGGGAGGAGCUCGUUCAGGGCUCGAAGGGUAAGGCAUGGGUAGGCAACAUUCAGCCUGGAUACGAAAUUUGUGAAAAGACAACCAUGGAAGUCCUACCAACCGCUCCUGCCUGCCACGGUGUUCACUGUGACACGCAAGCCUGGGAGAGUGGAAAAUGCCAUGUCUACGAUUCGGUUUGUUGGGAACUCAGGAACGACUUUACCCCACCCGACCAACAUGAAGAUGUGGGCGACAAAGACCAAAAGUUUGCUGGUUUUCGCCAGCAUCAACUGGAAGGCCGCAAAAUGACACUGUUAUUUUUGCACGCCCUUUCUGCUGCGCUGUCUACGUGGCAAGAUCAACUGAAACAAGAUAGAACUCCCUUGCCUCUCGACGCAAAACUCUGGCACGUGGGAGACACGUACGAGGAUAUCCGAAAAACUGUCAUGUCGCUGGAUCGAACACCUGGGGAGGUAGCUACAGUUCCGCUGUGCGAACAGUUGCUCAAAGAUCUAGACCCUCGGAUAUGCCACAUUCCAAUGCAUGCCAGAACGGAAUGGACACCCCGUGUCAUCCCUAAAACGCACCGGCUUUUGGGCAUUGUGAACAACCUGAUUGAUGGACCGGAUGAUGGCGAUAUUUACGACGGACCAGAUCUUGUGCCAUUGGCGUGGCAGGUGCCUACUAGUAUAAUUGAUGUGCACAUGAUUGCAAUUGCUUCGAAUGGUACUGAGCAGGAAGAUGACGACGGCUUGUUCUACGAUGAUGAUGGAUUUUACGGUGGAGACGAUUUCCUCAACCGAAAGCUUGCCCCCAACGGCGAAAAGAACUCUCGGUCGAGCGCAGGCAAGAAAGAAAAGCGCGAAGAGAGACGGCUGAAAAAGCACCCAAACAACCCAAAGCCAGCACCGCCUCCGCCUCCUCCUGAGAAGGUAGCAACACCUGCUCCUGAGCCGGCCACAAACCCACCCACUGAACCACCCACUGCCCCUCCCACGGCGCCACCACCUUCCAUUGACCCCCUGACAGGAAAAACAAUGAUUGUCACGGAAGGAUCCGGAUGGACGGUGCAGAAUGUUCCGUCUGGCUUUUGCGACGGCUCUGCCCAGUCCAGAUGCAAUCGUCAUGCCAACAACUUGUGUUUGUUGGCCAAUCACAAUUUUUAUCCAGGCACUAUUGUUGGAACGCCUAGGAACAAUUGGCUGACAAUGAGGGUAUCUGAUGUCAAGCAUGGCAUCAUCUUGGCGCGCCUGGAAUUUGGGGCUGAUCUGCCAUCAGAUUUCAUGUUUGACUUUGCCAUUGGGGACCAGCUUACCUCGGUCCCCUUGGCCGAUUUGAAUUCUUUCAGCAGGGAGAUCGUGAGUGACUUGAGGAUUUACCCGCUCCUCCUGGACAAAGAUAGGACGAUGGAUGGCAGUGUUGAUGGUGUGGAUUAUGAAGUUGCCAUCCGAAUUCGAAGUGCUAUCAAUCCAAACUGCACUGUUGGUGUUUCCCACAUCUACUUCGCCUAAACUAUAAACUGCAUUUUCAUUAG